AGAAACCGCUCGAACAAUGUGAAUCAAAUUUUCCUAGAUUUUAGUUCAAUGAACAUCUCAAACACAGAGUUAUUUUUACUGAAACAUAAUAUUAUUUUUUUUUAAAAAGAGCCUGAACAAAAUCAGGUUUUAAAUGAACACUUAAGAACUUGAGAUUUUCACGACAUACUUACAAGAUGGAAGCCGAUGAGAUUUAUCGUUAUCAGUCAUGUAAUUAUAUCAAGGAUUUUAGUAAGCAGAUGGUUGUAAAACAUUUAGAUCAUAUAAAAUAUCAGCAUUCGCCAAAUAAUAUUGACGUCAGGCACGCAGCCGGUCAUAAAAGACGAAUCUUUAAGAUUUAAAGUAUUUUUAUUUAUUUACGCAAACUUCGAGGCGUCGCAACUAAGGAUUUUUUUCUUUACUUGUUGAAGUAGGCUCUCACUACCUACCACAUAUUUUAAAUAUUGAUUAAUUAAUCGAAUGUAAAUUUAUAAAUGUAUUAAUUUCUGAUAUUUAUCUCUAGAACAAUAUUUUAUUAUUAUUAAUUGGCAAAAAUAUCGUUGAAGGGUUUUUACCAAGCUUUAAAUACAAGGUCAACGUUUAAACUUGGUCAAAAACAUUUUUUUUUUAUUUUAAAUUAAUUUAACUACUAACUAUUUUUAAUUAAUAUUAUUUUAAGCCUUAAACAAAAAUUGACCGCUUAUUUGGUCGAUAAUAAUGAGAGUAGGUGUGGUGGAAAUCAAAAUUUUUAUCAAACUUUUUAGCAAUAAAAUAAAAAUCAUUCCAUGUGUGUUUAAACAAUCGGCGGGAAUUAUUUUCGUUUACAUCUGUCAUCUCGUGAAAAAUAUUUGAAUAAGGAAUACAAUGUCACUUUUUUUGUUGCCUGUGCAACAGUGAUCCUGGGCAAAAAUAAUAUUAUAGUUUAAUUUUUCACCAAUUUUUUCUUUGAGUUUCACCACUAUUUUCAUUGUAAAAUGUAAAUAGCAUGUGUAGAUAACACUAACGCAUUUGUGCCUUGAAUAUGGUGCAUCUUUGUUUUAAAAUAACGCUUAUUACUGAUAUUAUACAUUUAUAAUAAUUAUAGUAAUUAAAUUUUUGUUAAAUCCAAUCCCACAAAUAUUGUAAAUCUGAAAGUUUAAAUGUGUGUGUAUGAUAUUUGUUACUUAAUCACGAAAAUUCUACAAGAUGGAUGACGAUUAAAUUUGGUACAUGGGUAGAAUAUAAUCUGGAAAUGCACAUAAGAGUACUUUUUACAACGGAAUUCACACGGGAGCGAAGUACCGGGGCGCAGCUGAUAACAGUUUUAUAUUUAAUUAUAAAUACAAAGGUUUAUUUAUUUAUGGGAUGGGAACAUUAUAAGGGACAACUGUAGCUCAGUGGCGCCCUCUAAGUUCUUUGUUUAUGGUUUAUUCAGUAGGUUUACGGUAACCCUUUAUUGAAAAUUGCAUUGUUUUUAUUUGUUGCCGCAUCGACGGCCUCUGAGCAGAGAUGGGUAGUUUCUUCCCAAAAAGUCGGGGGAUUUAUUGGGAAGAAACUGGGAAAAUUUUGGGAGCAAACCCAUUUCUGACUCGGAGGACUUCGAUUAUCGGAGGCCGUUGGUAUCCAUUAAUUAUGUCACACACAAAUUUAACGAUGUUUUUACCCUCCUGUGAGACCGUCCUAGUGUAAUGUGAAAUAUUUUUCAACAUCACUAAAUUAUUGAAAAUAGAUUUUAUUAUUUUUAAUAUUCAAAUUGUUGUUCAUUAAAUUCGUACAUCAAAAAAAUGUAGGUAUAAUUUGUACCCGAUAGCCAAAUAUAUAACAAUAGGUUAUUGUUCACAAAUGUGACAUAAUUUAUGGAAGGCUCCUGUGGGAUAGACAAAAAUAAUUUUUAGUCUCCACAUCUAUUAUCCCAUGUGUUCACAAAGUUCGAAGUACCUGUCAUUUUGUUUAAUUCACGACUGCCGAACAGCGGAAGUUUACUGAAAAUAUGGUAUAAGUUUAAAUUUAUGUGUGUAAAUUUAUGAUACUUACAAUACAUCCAAACUAUAUUGAAGUAUAGACUGACUAAACAUUCCUUGGGUCUUCCUGGCUAUAUAAAGCCGCUAUUCCUACUAUUGUCUCUAAUCGUACAUAAUAUACAGUAUGUCAGGAAAGUAAAGAAUGCUGAUUUUAGACGAAUCACCUAAAUUUUUAUUUUUUUGCCAUUGCAACACCAAAUUGCUUGAGAAACACUCAGUGUUGCUAGCCAACAGGAGAUAGCGCCCUCACAUUUCUGCACUUUCUUGACAGACUGUGGGAGGACCGGCCUAAAAUACGUUAUUUACACAGAUUUAAAGUAAUGUUUUUAUAUCUGUGGUUAUUUAUUACCAUGGCAGUCGUGUUUAUUGAAUAUUUUAGUACCUAGUUAUUUUAGAAUAAUCUGUUGUAUUUGUAUAUGCGCAUGUUGUGAUAAGCUUGUUCCAUUGCCACUUAUUAAUAAAUAUUUGCAUCACAUUUGUUAAUAAUUUUUUUAUCUUUAUUACAAUUUAUUACAAAAAAGUUCUUUGUACAAGAUUGGGGGUCAGAUGUUAUGCCCCAAAGGGAAGAUCUUCUUUUCCUUUUGGAACCGCGGCAGCUCCAACAGUGUCAUGUGUGUUCGCCGAAAUUGAACAGAUUUGGCAUACACUUUAUACCGAAAUUAAUAACGAAAUGGAAUUCCAUACAAAGUUUCCGGCCGGAUUUUUGUUCGACUUCAAUUACGUUCUUUCUUACAUCUAAGUUUAAACAUGGAAUAUGAUCAUUUACGAACAGGUUUAAAGUUUUAUUUGAGGGAUAAGAGGGUAGAUAAGGACGGAUGUGUUUCUCACAUAUCCGUUAGCUCAGUGGCGCAAUCUUCAAGUCUUUGUUAUCUUGAUUCACUAGGUUUACGGCAGAGUUGAGCGUAAUCGGUUACAUUUGUGAUCUGUUUAAUAAUAAGAUUCAAAUCAAUUCAGAUUACUUUCAAUCGAAGAAAAGUAAUCUUAAUUUCAUUCGCGACAGAUUAUUAUUUGCGAUUAAUUUUCACUAGAGACAUCCCGCUAGUGUCAAGUGUAUUAAUAUUUUUAGUGCCAUAUAAAAAUCUUAGUGGGUCUUAGUUACUCGGUACGAUCCGGUCGGUUUGACCACCCUACCAAGUCGCGCGUGGUCGAUUGACCAACCAAGAGAAUGAUUAUAAUUUAGCCAAAGAAUAUCCCUGUUGGGAUGCAGAGUUAGAAAAGGCAUGCCUCAUUAGGACUGUUUUUGGAUAUUGGGAAGGUACAUUUAUACUAAUAGUACACUUACACUUAGAAUUUCGAUUUAUUUUCUCUCAUAUAUAUAAAUUUUUAUUUCAGACAAAAUUUACGUAAAUAUCUACUGCUGAGGCACAAACAAAUUAAAACAUUGAAAAGAAAAUGCAAAAACAUUUGAUUUUAUGAAAUUUCAUCCCAAAUUAUAUAUUCCAUAGAAAAUAAUUAAAAAACCCACUUAAGUAGACAUAUUCAAUUUAUUUUUUUCCUAAUGAUCGAAUAAUAUGGUCAUUGAUUGAGUUUUACAUGAGAAAAUUGUUCUUAACUGCUCAAAGAUAUGCAAUUUUCCGUGACAUUGAGUUUAACUUUCAAAAGUUGUACAAUGAUUGUCAAGUUCGCAAAGUACCUACUUAGUUACCAAUUAGUUAUCAAUUGUUAACUCGUGUAUCUAAUUUAAGUAGAUACCUUGGUCAUGAACAGUCGGCAAUAUGCCAGCACACGAAUCUAACGAUAUUUGUGCUCCAGGGAAAUAUUAUUUCAUGUUUAAUUUGCAAUUCCUUACUCUAGUCGGUUUGUGGCGAAACGAUUCUUGGCCGAAAAGAUGGUUAUUUUUCUACGACAUUUAUGAGACAACCUUGCACAUUCUGCCAAUGAUUUAUAUCGUCAUAACUUCUAUUGGAACUUAUCAGCAACGUAACGAACUAACCCUUUUCUUGGCCAACGUGGACAAGAAUCUAGUGGCUGUCAACUUUAUCACGAAAUAUAUUAUCUUCAUGAUGAAGCGCAAGCAGCUAUCCAUGCUGAUAACUGAAAUCAUUCACUCUGGGGACAAUAUAACAAAAAAAUGCGUCAAAUUAAUGUCUAUUCACGUCAUAGUGGUCACAAUAUUUUCGUUGUCCGUAGUUACUGCUUUUUGUUCGCAAGCAAUAAUGAAUAGAGAAAUGAUAGUGGAAGCAUGGCUGCCAUUUGACACGAUGAAAAAUUUGAAACAAUAUCUCACUGCGUUUCAAAUUUUAGCGACUAUGUUCACUCCCAGUGUUUUGAGAGGAAUCGCUAUGCAAGGAUUGAUUUGCAGUAUAAUUAUGUAUUUGUGCGAACAAUUAAAAGAAUUGCAGCGGAGAAUUCGGUCUUUAAAAUUUUCCUUAGAGAAUGAGGUGCAAAUGAGGAAUCGAUUCAAAGAUAUCAUUAAAAAACACGUGCGUCUGAUGAAAUACAGUCAGACUAUGAAAGUUAUUUUCAACGAGUAUUUCUUCGUGCAGAAUUUGGCAAUCACCUUAGAAUUGUGUUUGAAUGCGGUUAUGAUGACAGUGGUUGGUCUCAGCCAGAAAAAGUUACUAAUCAGUUUUCUUGCCUUUCUUUGCGUGGCUCUUCUGAAUGCGUACAUUUACAGCUAUCUCGGUAACGAGCUGAUUAUCCAAAGUGAGAAUAUAGCACACGCGGCAUACGAUACAGAAUGGACAUCGUGGCCGGUCGAUUUGCAGAAAGAUCUCCUGAUCGUGAUCAGAACUGCUCAGAAACCGUUGGUCAUCAGCGCGGGUGGAAUGGCAAACAUGUCUAUGCAAACGUUUGCACAGGCGCUCUACAAUGGAUACUCGAUUUUUGCAGUACUAGCUGACGCGGUAGAUUGAAACGUGCGAAUUGGACUCGCGCACCAUGGGUUCCGUACACAUUUGAAGUCUACACUUAGCACACAAAGGGUAGUGGGUAGUGACCUUACGUUACUGUCUCAAGUCGAUGCUAUAUGCACCUGCAGGCUUACUCUAGAAUCACAAUCCCAAUUUCAAUGCGAGAAACGUCAUUUGGCACUCUUGAAUUUAACACUAGCGCCACAUUGGUGCGGAUAUUGAGUGAACUAAAUUUCAUUGGGAUUGAGUUUUGGAACGUCGUUACUCUUGAAACCACUUUGACAGCUCCACAUUGCGUUGAAAUUGUGUUAUUAUUGGAUAUUGUAACAAUAGCGAAAGAGUAACUUUGUUAGAAUUGAGUUAAACCGCAUCGGGCAUGUUGAAUGUAAAAGGAUUUUCUCACUACGAUAUUAAAAGCUUGUUACACUCUGUUGUUACACAUAAUAUUAUUAUCACCUUUAUACCUAUACCCUUUGUCAAAUAUCAUUAUUCUAGGUGCACGGGAAGUAAGUAUAUGAUAUACUAUAGGUAUUGAUUUUCCUAGUAACAUUUGCGACAUUCCGCAUUAUUAAUUAAUUAUUGACAAAUUUCAUGAUUCAACGGUCAACGGUGUGUAUGUUUUGAAUUUCCUGUGAAAUAGUAAAAAUUUUAACAUACAUUUUCGUAUAUUCUGAACGCGUUGACUUACAAGUUUUAUAUGUUCACAACUUAAAAGGAUUUGGGGGUACCAUGAAACAUAAAACGCGUAGCACGUCCUCACGUUCUCUCUUUUUUACACGAUGCGUAUACGAUAUGGGAAAAUAUGUCUGUCUCUUUUUCCCAUAUCAUGUACUUACGUAUGCUGUCGCAUGAGACGUUAGUGACGUGCUAAGUAUUUGUAUAUUUCGUGGUAGGUACUCUUCUGUAGUGUACAACUACAAAAGCCGUCACAGAUACGUGUACUUAAAAUCUAAUGUGAAUAGACAUUAUAAUAUUAGUGGAAUUAUCGUUUCUGAACUCUAAAUAGAUAAAAGAGAACUGUAGACUUAUUACAUAGAAAGGAAAUAAUUAUACCUUUUGGCACAAAAGUAUUACCGCCAUCAACGAAAAGACAUUUUUAU